AUGGAAGGGGAAGAACAGAAAGAGAAGAGGAGGACUGCUUCUUCCUCCACCGCCAGCGCAAUCGUGGAGGCUCGAGGCCACAUUCUAAGGGCCACCGGCCGGAAGGACCACCACAGUAAGGUCUGCACCGCCAAAGGCCCCAGGGACCAUAGAGUCCUGCUCGCCGCCCACACCGCCAUUCAAUUCUGCGAUGCGCAAGACCGGCUCGGAUACUACCAGCCCAGCAAGGCCGUCGAUUGGCUCAUCAAGAAAGCCAAGGUCGUAAUCGACGAGUUUCAGCCAUGGAACCCGAAUUCAAUUUCUGUUCAGGCAACAUCUUCUCCGACAGUGCCGAUAUCCGCCGCGCAGGACAUGCAGAACGCGAGCCUCCAUUUCUCGAUGUUGGAGGCUCCGAGUUCUUUGUCUGCUAAUCGACAAGGCGCAAUGGUGGGUGGUAGCGGAGUGGCGAAGCUGGUGAAUUAG